AGGACGAAAUAGUGUUUUUGAAAGAAGAAGUGGCACUUCUGGCGGAAGUGCUGCACGGAGUCGGCAGUUUGGAGACUUUGAUGGAAAGAUUGAGAGACAGCAGAGACGCAGGAGUAGCAGCAGCAACAACUCCGGGAGUGGAGCAGCAGCAGCACUACCUCACGGCCCUGGGCUGGGCCGAGCUGCAGCAAGCAGCAGCAGCAGCAGCAGCGAGGGGGCCCCCGAGGGGGGCCCCCGGGAGGGGCCCCAGGACGCCGGCGACAAGGCUGCUGCGGCAGCUGCGCUGCCAGACGCAGCAGCAGCAGCAGCAGCAGCAGACGCAGCAGCAGCAGAGGCAGCAGCAGAAACGGUGAAGGAGGUGCAGCAGCAAGUGCGGCAGCUCACGCUGCAGCGGGAGAUCGAGCUGCAGGCCAGAACGGAGCAGCAAAUGCAGCGGCAGCAGCAGCAAAUUGAAGUUGCCCGGGAGGAGCUGCAGCUCGUGCUGCAGCAGCUAGCUGCAGCACGAGUGCAGCUAGCCAACUUGAAGCAAGCAGCAGCAGCAGCAAAGGUCGAAGCAGCAGAAGGGGAGGCGCUGCGCGCAGCGCAGCAGCAGCAGCUGCAGCAGCAGCAGCAGCGGCACGCCGUCGCGCUGCAGGCCCUGUUGCCCCGACAAACCCCCAGGGCCCCAGCAGCAGCAGCAGCAGCAGAAGGUUUCCAUGCUGCUGCUGCUGCUGCUUUAAAAAGCCUCAAAGUCCAUCCCGAGUCCCUGCUGCUGCUGGUAGCAGGCGCGCUGCUGAUGCUGCUGCUGCUGCGCGCAAAACGCGCAGUCGGGGGGGCCCCCAGGGGCCCCCAGGGGGCCCCCCGGCAGCGGGCCCCACAUUCCAGGAGGCCCCAAAAGGGUACUAGUGGGGGCCCCCACGGGGGGGCCCCCCGGGACUUCGAGGCCCCCGAAGAGGUGGCAGCAGCUCCUGCUGCUGCAGCAGCAAAAGCUGCUGCUGCUGCUGCAGCAGAAGCUGCUGGUGCUGCUGCUGCUGCCAGUGCGCCUGCAGCAGCGCCGUGA